AUGGCCGGCAACUGCCCUGAAGCAGAUGUUAUCCUGGAUAAGCUUCUAGAAGAACAUAAGAUCAGUCUGAGGAAGAGAUGUGAACAUGUGACUGAAGGAAGUGAUGAAACAGGAAGUAGAACCCUCCUCAACAGGAUCUACACUGAUCUCUACAUCACCGAGGGACAGAGUGAAGUGAUUAAUACCCAACAUGAGGUGAAGCAGCUGGAGAGAGCUUCAAUGAUCCAGAACCUCCAUGAUUCUCCAAUCAGGUGCCAGGACAUCUUCAAAGCCUUACCUGACCAACAAGGAGCCAUCAGAGUGGUUCUGACCAACGGUGUCGCUGGUGUUGGAAAAACCUUCUCAGUGCAGAAGUUCACUCUGGACUGGGCAGAGGACUUGGAGAACCAAGAUGUCAGUGUGGUGGUUCUGCUUUCCUUCAGGGAGCUGAACCUGAUCAGAGAUCAGCAGCACAGUCUUCUCACGCUGCUCCAUGUUUUCCAUCCAACCCUCCAGAAGCUCCCAGCAGAGAAGCUGGCUGUCUGGAAGCUUCUCUUAAUCUUUGACGGUCUGGAUGAAAGCAGACUUUCUCUGGACUUCAACAACAGUCUGAUUGUUUCUGACGUCACACAGAAGUCAUCAGUCAACGUUCUGCUGAUGAACCUCAUCGAGGGGAACCUGCUUCCCUCGGCUCUGGUCUGGAUAACUUCCAGACCUGCAGCAGCCAAUCAGAUCCCUCCUUCCUGUGUUUCCAGGGUAACAGAAGUACGAGGCUUCAGCGACGCCCAGAAGGAGGAGUACUUCAGGAGGAGGUUCAGUGAUGAAGAGAUGUCCAGCAGGAUCAUCUCCCACAUCAGGACCUCCAGGAGCCUCCACAUCAUGUGUGGGAUCCCAGUGUUCUGCUGGAUCACUGCUACGGUUCUGGAGAACCUGUUGACCACAGAGCAGAGAGGAGAGCUGCCCAAGACCAUGACUGACAUGUACUCACACUUCCUGCUGGUCCAGACCAGGAGGAAGAAGAACAAGUACCAUGAAGGACAUCAGACGAGUCCACAGGAGCUGAUGGAGGCUGACAGGGAAGUUCUCCUGAAGCUGGGGAGGCUGGCGUUCGAACAUCUGGAGAAAGGAAACAUCAUGUUCUACCAAGAAGACCUGGAGCAAUGUGGUCUGGAUGUCACAGAGGCCUCCGUGUUCUCAGGAGUUUGUACAGAGAUCUUCAAAAGAGAGAAGGUGAUCUUCCAGAAACCAGUCUACUGCUUUGUUCACCUGAGCAUCCAGGAGUUUCUGGCUGCGCUCUACAUGCUCCACUGCUUCACCAGCAGGAACACAGAGGUGGUGAAGAAGUUUCUAAGACAAAAAUACAGAGAAUCAUCACUGGAUGACCUCAUGAGGAGAGUCAUGGAAAAGUCCCUCUGGAGUCCAAAUGGCCACCUGGACCUGUUUGCUCGAUUCCUUCAUGGUCUCUCUGUGGAUUCCAACCAGAGACUCUUAGGAGGCCUGUUGGGUCAGAUGGAGAACAACCCAGAAACCAUCCAGAGGAUCAUCAACAAUUUAAAAAAGAUAACCACUUCUAUCUCUCCUGACAGAAGCAUCAACAUCUUCCAGUGUCUGAUGGAGAUGAAGGACCUCUCAGUUUAUCGGGAGAUUCAACAGUUCAUGAAAUCAGAGAAUAGAUCAGAGAAGCUCUCAGAGAUCCAGUGCUCCGCUCUGGCCUACAUGCUGCAGAUGUCAGAGGAGGUUCUGGAUGAGUUGGACCUGGAGAAGUACAACACAUCAGAGGAAGGACGACGUAGACUGGUUCCAGUGGUGAGGAACUGCAGAAAGGCUCGACUUGGUGGCUGCAGACUCUCUGAGGCUGAAUGUGAAGCAGUUGUCUCAGCUCUGAAGUUCAACGUAUAUCUCACUCGCCUGGAAAUAGAGGAGGUGUAUGGAUAUGAAUCCUUUGGAGACUCUGGUAUGAAGCAUCUGUGUAAGAUCCUGGAGAGUUCAACCUGCAUACUGAAGAAACUGAGAUUGCAGGGAUGCCUUUUAUCAGAGUCCAGCUGUGCUUCUCUGGGCUCAGCGCUGAAGUCCAACCCCUCCCAGCUGACAGAGCUGGACCUGAGCGGGAACAAAGUGUACGCUGGUUUAGUGAAGCAGCUCUGUGGUUUUCUUCAGUCUCCCCACUGCAAACUACAGAUAUUGAUAUUGCAGGCCUGUCGUUUGUCAGAGAAAGACUGUGUGUCUCUGAUCUCAGCUUUGAAGUCCAACCCCUGCUAUCUGACAGAACUAGACAUAAGGAAGAACGAUUUGAAAGAUGCUGGAGUGAAGGAGCUCUGUGGCGUUCUCCAGUUGCCUCAAUGCAAGCUACAGACAUUAAGCUUGUUUUGCUGCGGUUUGUCAGAGAUCAGCUGUUCUUAUCUGGUCUCAGCUCUGAAGUCCAACCCGUCCCAUAUGAUGGUACUGAAACUUGGAGGGAACAACCUGAAGGAGUCAGACGUUCAGCAGCUGAUGGAUCUUGUGAAGAGUCCAGACUACAAACUGCAGAAUCUGUUGUGGAGCGGAUGAUGUUUCGAGAAGCUGAUGUUUCCUGAUGAUCCACAGAGGCGGAAGCUGCAGCGGUUUGUGUUUAAAGAGACUCUGACUGGAUCCUGAUGAUGAACUCUGAGAUUAGAAAUGUUCCUCCUCUUUAUUUGACCCUGUCUGUGAUUUAUUGUCUGACAUUGUUUAUCUCUUUGGAACAAUAAAGGUGAAAUUCAAAGUGAGCUCCAUUUAGUGACUCCAUGGAGGUUUUAGCUGAAUUUGAUGCAGCUGUGAAGUUGAUCAUUUAUCCUCUCUGAUACAUUUCCUGAAACCCAGAAAUCUGAAAUAUAAUUCUAAAGUUUUCAGGCUGCAUGUUUGCUUCAUUGUAAUGCAGUUUUUGGAUUAUUUUAAUUUUAGUUUAGAUGUUUGCUGCAGGUGUUUAGGCAGCUCUGUUCUUUUGAUCUUCUUCAGGAUUUUACUUCCAAUAUUUCCAUCACCUUCUUUCUGAUGUUCAAAUAUCUGAUCUGUAAUGUACUGAGUAAAGAUCAUGUUUCAUCUGCUACAGCGUCUCCAUUAGUUAGCAUUGGAAACACUUUCUAGAGCAGCUCAGAUCUUUUUUAGAGGAUUUCCUCUGUUUGUCCUGAUCUUCUGGUUCUGUUAGGUGUGUUUCCAUUACCUUCCUCUGAGUGGUGCUACAUGCCAUUAAGUUUACCAGGAGACUGAGGAGCAGCUAUACUGGGCUCCGUUUAAAUAAGCACAUUUACUGAAAACUCUAACUUUUGAUUAACCUGAAAUCAGGGAAACUCUUCAGUUUCCAUUUAACAAAGAGAGCUUCCUCAUCCUCUGUCUCUGUUGCCAUGGUAACAUCCUCCCAGAGCUAUGCUGGUGAGCAGAAGGUUUUCUUCAGGGAGAGUGUCCUAUGUCCUUACAGCCAAUCAAGCUGUUUAAUUUCCUGACUGAUUCAGAUUUUUGUCUUAUUUUUUAUUUUUUUGUAUUAUUUUUGUCUUUU